AUGCUGGAAUUUAUGGACUAUAUCCAGCUCGCCUUCUCUGAGGCGACCAACUGGAACCGCGACAACUCAUAUUUGUCCCUGACCACCACAACACAGUCAAUCAUCGACUUCUCGACUCCGGAGCGACUGCGGGUCCACUUGUCCUCACUUUCGACGCCCAACUUUGGAACCAGCUACUCACUUGGUACGGUUGGAUUACUCGAUGGAUCCGUCUCAUAUCUCUUCAGUACGGUUCCCUUCAAUGACACCCCGAGCCGAAGUGCCUUGAUCCCUCUUCGAAAGAUAUCCCCUGGUUAUCGACAUAUACAAGCGCCUGUGGCUCCAGUACAAGCCUGGGGCUGGAAUUCUCUUCUAGAUGGAGUCAAUAUCCCUGGAGUCACGGACGGGUCGCGUUCGGGACCGCCAAAGCGCAAGGAUGGUGAUCUUCCCACAGAUGAAGCAGUGCAAAGGAAGGCGACCCUUCUUCAUGCCUCCUUACACCUUCCGUCUCCAACAACCUUGAAUGCGCUCUUCCUACGCAGGAUCUCUCCAACAAUGCAACUAUGUCUCGCCGUUUGUUCCACCCAGGGACCACCAUUAUCUAAAUCCGCGCCCCAGGCAUCAAUGCUGGCUCAAUUGUCCCAUGAUACGGGAAAAUACUGCAAUGAGUACCUAUUCAGCACGGAUAAUGCCCUCUUCGGCUGGCGUGGACUUUGGAAUUUUGGCCCCGAUCCUAGAAAAGCUCGUCCGGAUGCCUCGCCUGUACUAUCCCUUCUCUCCGCAGGUGCGGAGGCUUAUUAUUCUCCUACCUCGUCACUAGUAGGCAUGUCUACUGGAUUGCGAUUCGCUACACUCCCUGCCGCGACGCAGGUGUCUUCGUCCUCUUCAUCCCCAUCAUCCAAUCACCCUACACCCAUAUCUACAUUCCCCUACACCUUAACUCUCACACUCACCCCCAUUACCGGCUCUUUAUCAGCAACAUACUCCUUAAGUGCCUCUCCAAACAUUGCAUUUAGUUCCCGUUUCGGUUUCAAUGUCUACAGUUGGGAAAGUGAAAUGGUUGCGGGCUGCGAGCUUUGGCGCCGAACCAAGAAAUCCACUUACUCUACAGACGAUGACAUCGAAUGGGCCCGCCGCAAGAUGCGCCUGCAUGAUUUCUCCGCUUCCCUCCCGGGUUCUCCGCCAACCUCUCCACUCACCUCCGACCCGGUUCAACCCGAACCCGUCAAGUCGGAUGAUGGCAGUGAUGUUGAGGCCGGCGACUCAGUCAUUAAGAUCCGUGUCGACCAGUCUUGGAACAUGCGUUUGCUCUGGGAAGGUCGGGUUAAGGAGUUAUUGGUAAGUGCGGGUGUCGGGCUAGGCCCGGGUUCAUUUUCGGUGGCCCCGAAUGUUUCUUCUUCGGGUGGGUCAGUGCCCGGAGGUGGGCCAUCCUACUGGCGCGGGGUUGGAGUUUCGGUGAUGUACUCUUCGUGA